UAACAUUGACAGCUUUGUUCUGCAUUCAUUUCUUGUGGGUAUAACAGCCCAAGUAAUGAUCCACCAUGAGAAUUUUGUGAGUAAAUGACAAAUACUUGGCUGUACUUCGGGUUAGAAACGGUACAAAAAAACUAACUUAUCCACCUCGGAACUUUAAAAGAUUUUUUGUUUGUUUUGUUUUGUUUUAGUGUAUGUUACUCCAACUUGUUUUAAAUGAGGAAAGCAGGGACCACAGAUGGUCUCUGGAUGCAAGGGAUGGUUGAAAGGAGCCCUUUAGCUAUGAAUCCAGCGCUCGUGCGCUCCCUGAAGCCUCUGUGUUUUACUGGGUGAAACAUUUCUGCUUUGGGAUGGUAUACAGUACACGAGGUUAGUGUGUUGAAUCUUACAGUAGUACGAUUGAUCAUCGAUGUGAAUAAAAGGCAAACAUCUACUUCUGUUCAAGUGGUUUAACUAGAUGGGGUUUCGUCCAUACCUGAACACAGACAAGGUAGCACACCCCAGCGGAAGCCAUGAGCCUAGAAAUGGCUAUACCCAAGCUCUCUCCGUCUGUCCUGCAUCCUAAAACCGUUUGCUUGAAGGCAAGGAGAGCAAAUGACACGACAGGGGCACUACAGAAGUAAGCUCGAGGUGGGGCGGUAAUCACGCCCCCUCACCGGAGCCCUUCCCUACAGAGACCUACCGGUGCAGUGGCCAGAGAGGCCGGCGGGCUAUGAACCAGGAAAUUAAGGACCGUCCCAGGACCACUCGAGUCUCCGCCCACCACUGGCGGGCUCCACCCCACCGAGGGGCACUGGGCUCUUCCGCCAUUUUCCCCGCCUCUUCCGUUUCCGCCCUUCUGCGGGCCUGACCUAACGGAAGCGUUACCCGCGGUUCCUUACCCAUGGCGUCCCAGGGGUCGGUGACGGCGGCUUUGCGGGUGGCCGAGGUGCUGGAGAGCAUCGCGAACCGCUGCGUGGGGCCCGAGGGCGGCCAAGUGUUGUGUACGAAGCCCACCGGCGAAGUGCUGCUUAGCAGGGAUGGAGGCUGCCUCCUGGAGGCGCUGCACUUAGAACAUCCCUUAGCCAGGAUGAUAGUGGCGUGUGUUUCCAGUCACCUUAAAAAAACAGGAGAUGGUGCUAAGACAUUUAUUAUUUUUCUUUGCCAUUUACUCAGAGGACUUCAUGCAGUCGGGGAAAAAGGAAAAGAUUCAUUCACUUCUGAAAAUAUUCAGAGCCAUGAAAGGCAUUGGAAAAACUGUGGUCAGUGGAAAUCUAUUUCCCAGGCUCUGCAAACGUUUCAGACACAAACCCUAGGUUGUAUUGUAGACCAGAGUUUAAGCAGGCACUACCUGUCUGUCUUUUCUUCAUCCGCUGAGGGAAGAAAACUGUGCAGGCACUCGCUAGAGUUGCUCCUGGAAGCAUACUUUUGUGGAAGAGUGGGAAGAAACAAUCACAGAUUCAUUUCACAGUUGAUGUGUGACUACGUUUUCAAGUGUAUGGCUUGUGAAAGUGGGCUUGAAGUAUUUGAGUUGUUGGACCACUGUUUUGCAGAGUUGAAUGUUGGCGUGACAGGCCUUCCUGUUUCAGAUUCUAGAAUCAUAGGUGGCCUUGUGCUUCCCAGAGACUUUUCUGUGUACUGCCCAGCAGAUGGUGACAUUAGGAUGGUGAUAGUAACAGAAAUCCUCCAGCCUCUGUUUUCAUCGGCUGGCUCGGAGUUUGUUCUCAACUCAGAAACACAGUUUCAGGCAUCUCAGUGCUGGAUCAUGGACAGGACAAAAACAGUAAUGAACUACUUGCGUAGUCAGAAUGUAAAACUGCUCCUGACCAGUGUGAAGCAACCAGACCUGGUUAUUUACUGUGCGAGACUUAAUAGCAUAUCAGUGGUGGAGUGUUUAUCAGCUGAAGAAGUUUCCCUUGUCCAGAGAAUCACUGGUCUUUCUCCUUGUGUCCUACCAGAGGUCACUUCACAGUGUGAAAUUUCUGAUAGUACUUUGGUGAAGUUUUGCAAGCCCCUCCUCCUUAGAUCCAAGAGGUAUGUUCAUAUUGGCUUGAUUAGCACAUGUGCAUUUAUACCUCACUGCAUGGUCCUUUGUGGACCGGUUCUGGGUCUUGUUGAACAGCAUGAGAGAGCUUUUCACGGAGCAUUUAAGAUGCUUCGGCAGCUAUUUACUGACCUUGAUCUAAAUUACAUCAUACAAACCAAACAGCAAUGUAACCCAAGUCCUCUUGCUUAUGACAAUAGCAGAGAGCGUAAUCACUCACCAGAAACUGAUAAAUUGGAAGCUCAAACACAUUUAGAAGUAUGUUCAGGUUUGGGGGCUUCAGAUACAGAAUUGAUAGCAGGUAAGCCGUGGUCAGCACACAAGAAGACACCAAUAGCUCCAUCCCAAACAGAUGAAAUGCUGAAGUGCUUGCCUCCAGAAAGAAGCGGGAUAAUUGAUAACUGUGACCUGUCAAUUGAGAAUCAUUCCACUGGAAGUCCUACAGCAGAAGACACGAGAACAGAAAUUUCUUUCGAAUAUUUACAGGUCUCAGAUAAUGCCGGAAAGGGUUACACGUCGCCAGUGAUGCGCAAGUCACUAGAUACCUGUACUUGUCAGGGUUAUUGUUCAUCCGCUGUGCCGGCAGGCUGUGUGCUGCCAGUAGGUGGAAGUUUUGAGAUUUUGAUGAGUUACUACCUUCUCAGCUAUGCCAAACAAUGCCAACAGUCAGAUGAAACUGUCAUCAGUAUGUUAAUAGCUGAUGCUCUUCUAGGCAUCCCUAAAAUCCUUUAUAAGCCUAAGAAGGGAAAGGACAGUUUCCCACACAUAUACAUGCGGUCUCUUCAUGCACUGCAAGCCAGUCAACCCAUGGUAAGUGGUCAAUCAGGGUUCGAGUCAGUAGCUGGUAAGUACCAAUUACUAACUUCAGUUCUUCAGUGUUUGAUGAAAAUAUUAACCAUUGAUUUAAUAAUCAACAUCAAGAGGCAACCUCAGAAAGCUGCUGACCAAGAAUCAGAAGACGAAUUUUAACACUCAGUUUUCUGUUGCUCGAACUUUCAGUCUGGGGCCAGGGAAAUGGCUCAGUGGGCAACCCUAACCCUAACCCUAACCCUAAUGGCAAACCUGACUGCCUGUGGUCAACACCCAGGGUGGAAGGAGAGGGUGAAGUCCUGAGACAUGUCCUCUGUUCUACAUACACGUUCGCAGACAAACACUAAACGUUAGGAAAAAAAUGUAUUCAGCUCAAGCUAAAUAUUAAAACAGGCUUCUGAAGUCAAUCCAGUCCUUAAGUCCAUUGAGUCUGGUGGACAUUCAGACAACAGGUAUCAGCUCUAUGGAACAAAAAGUGGCUAAAUCUGUCUCCGUGUCUCUGGUCUGCGCUAGUCUGUGUCUAAGGGAGCUUGCCUCUAUAUCUCCCUCUUCUGUACCUUUUUCCACUUCAUUUCCUUGAACUUUCUGUAUGUCAUAGAGUCAUGUAAUCUCCCAACUUGAACAAGGUCUUCACAGGCCAUCUUACAUUGUUUGUGAACAUGAAUAAAAAUGUUAUCUCUUCUGUAAA